ACGAUCAGUAGUGAGUGUCGGCAUUUACCUGUCAAUAUACGGAGUAACAUUGCAAGUCUAACAUUGGGAAUAUUUAUAGUUUCAACUAGCAAACUGCAAAAUAGUAUCUUCUCGGUCGAGCCAUGGGUAUGAGCGGUGCGGCGUGGCAGGGAGAGGGGGAUUUAAAUUUCUCUUUCGUCCCAGCAGCUUCUUUUGAUUUCAAGUAAACCGUGCAACCGAGCAGGACCGAGCUGUGUUUCUUUGCAAGUUUGAUCGAUACAAAAGUUGUUGUGAGCCGAUUAAGCCACAGCAGCAUCUGCACAUAGGUGGCUUAUUUCGUUUUUGUUUAUAUUUUUGGAGUAUUUACUUUUCCUGGAGAGCGGAGGUGGCGAAGUGAAGGCGGCUCACUGAGUCGGGACUGACCGCUGGAGUUGGUCCUGAAAAUGGAGGCUGUUAUCGAGAAGGAAUGCAGUGCGCUUGGAGGACUUUUCCAAACUGUUAUCGGAGACAUGAAGAGCAGCUACCCUAUCUGGGAGGACUUUAUCACCAAGGCCGGCAAACUGCAGUCGCAGCUCAGGGCGACGGUGGUUGCUGUGGCGACUUUCCUCGAUGCCUUUCAGAAAGUGGCCGACCUGGCUACUAACUCACGAGGUGGGACCAAAGACAUUGGAUCAGCGUUGACCCGGAUGUGUAUGAGACAUCGCAGCAUAGAGGCCAAACUCAAACAGUUCUCCAUGGCCUUCCUGGAGGGUAUGAUCAACCCUCUACAAGAACAGAUGGAGGACUGGAAAAGAGGAGUCAACACUUUGGACAAGGACCAUGCUAAAGAGUAUAAAAGAGCCCGGCAGGAAAUCAAAAAGAAAUCCUCGGACACACUGAAACUUCAGAAGAAAGCAAAGAAAGGUCGUGGGGAUAUCCAGCCGCAGUUGGACAGUGCCAUGCAGGAUGUCAGUGAUAAAUACAUUCUGCUGGAGGAGACGGAGAAGCAGGCCCUGAGGAAAGCUCUCAUAGAGGACAGGCAGAGGUUCUGCUGGUUCGUAGGCAUGCUCCGUCCCGUAGUGGAUGAGGAGAUUUCUAUGUUGGGAGAGGUCACCCAUCUCCAGGCAAUCUCCGAUGACCUCAAAGCCCUGACCUCUGACCCCCACAAGCUUCCCCCUGCUAGUGAACAGGUGAUCCUGGACCUCAAGGGCUCAGACUACGGUUGGUCAUACCAAACGCCGCCCUCAUCCCCCAGCACCACUAUGUCAAGGAAGUCUAGCAUGUGCAGUAGUCUGAACAGCGUUAACAGUAGUGACUCCAGGGGAUCCAGUGGCUCUCACUCUCAUUCUCCUUCCUCCUCUUCUUCCUCCUCUUCCUCACACCACCUCUUCCACCACCAACACCCCCGUCAUCGGUACCGUAGCUCCACGCUACCCCAGCAGGCCCCGGCCCGGCUCUCUAGCAUCUCUUCCCACGACUCGGGCUUCAUCUCUUCAUCCCACGACCAAUACACAACGUCCAAGUCCUCCUCGCCAAUGGCAGCCGAAACAAAGCCUUGUCCCAGUUCCCGGCUCUCUGAGGUCUCGGAGACUGGGCAGCUCCACAGUGACUGCAGCUCCCCCUCUCCUCUAGCUGCUGCAAGUGCACCUCAGCACGAUACUGACAAGUUGUCCAACGGUUUUGACAGCUACAGCCCGGCUCAUACCCCCUACAUUCAUAGCAACGGGGGGAGUUUGGGCUCAGGUUCAGGCACUGCCUUCUUCCCUCCUUCAUCCCCAUCCUACACCACCUCCUCUUGCCCCACUCGCUCAUGGUCACGCCCUGCCUCUGCCUUGCUGCCAGACCACCCUCAAAACUGCAACCUGGGCUCCCCCAUGGUGCCUUCAUCACGAGUCCCGAGCUGGAAGGACUGGGCUAAACCGGGCCCCUAUGACCAGCCUAUGGUCAACACACUGAGGAGGAAGAAGGACAAGGGGACCCCAGCUAUAGUGGACAGUAAUGGUAGUUUGAGCAAUAAUAGCAGCCUGGCAUUGACAUCCACCUCAGCACCAGCUCCAGCUGCACUUCAGACAUCGGUUUCCAUGGAGGAGAAGAACAGAACUGUAGCUGCACAGCUCAAGGCUGGUGAACUUGAGGCCCAUGAGGAGCUGGCUCUGGCUUUAUCUCGUGGUCUGGAGCUGGACACCCAGAGGUCCAGCAGAGACUCCAUCCAGUGCUCCAGCGGCUACAGCACACAGACCAACACACCCUGCUGCUCUGAAGACACCAUACCUUCACAAGUUUCAGACUAUGACUAUUUCUCGAUGGCCGGAGACCAGGAGCCUGAGCAGCACUCUGACUUUGACAAGUCCUCCACCAUCCCCAGGAACAGCGACAUCAGUCAGUCCUACCGACUCAUGUUCCAGAGUAAACGGCCCGCCUCCACCGCCGGCCUGCCCAGCACACACACUGCGUACCAUGGACAGGAGUCUUACCCUACAGGGCCCUACCCCCCCACACCUAUCCACACUGGGCCUUAUCCUGCUACACCUACAGGCCCGAGUUCAGGUCAAGGAUUUUAUUCUGGAUCCAGCUCCCAUAAUGCCUCUGGAUCCUACUCUUCAGGCCACGGUCCAGUAAUUGUCACCCCUGGUACUGCCACUAUCCGCCGUACCCCCUCUUCGAAACCAUCCGCCCGCCGCUCAGGCUCAGUUGGGGGCACAGGCCCAAUCCCUAUUCGUACGCCCGUCAUCCCGGUUCAAAUCCCUACGGUGCCCGAUAUGCCCAGAGUGGUCAAUGGGAGCAGGGCCUCAGAGGAGAUGGGAGGAGGAAAAGGAGACGUAAGCCCAGAUUCUCCAACAUUUGCGGGAGGGGAGGGAGCUGGCACGCUGCCGGUGAUGUCAUGGAGCGGUCAGGCUACCACCAAUCCCCCCACUGCACCACUCUCCCAGCUGCAGCAGCAGCAAGGAGGAGGAGGAGAGGAGGCAGGAGAAGAGUCAGAGGGCAACAUGCUGCUGGCAAUCCGUAAAGGGGUGAAGCUCAAGAGAACCCUCACUAACGACCGCUCUGCACCACGCAUCGCAUGAUGACACCAGAAACGCAAGCUCAUGUUUUAGGCUUUAGGAAAAGCGUUGCUUAUUAAAAUGCAAUGUACAGAAUCAAAAGGCUUCUUAUGCUAGUAUGAGAAAUGUAUCACAACUGUUCUACAUGUAGCCUUUCUCAUUCUGUAAACUUUCCUCACUGCAGAAGCCAUCUAUAAGGAUUAAACAUAGAAGAAACGUAUGCUAUUGUUCAGGUUCACAUGUUCUGAUUUGGCGUAAGGUGCCUCAGAAAUGGUGCAAACCCAGGUUUGUUAAAAUACUGUUUUAGACCUGAAAUGGAUCACAUGCCCAGUUGGUGUUGAAUCCUUGUUCAAUCCAAUAACCAAUAACACUACAAGCCUUUACGAGUAGAGGUAAGAGAUCAUUUCUCACAUAGGUCCUGGAAUUAAGGUUUUCGCCCUAAGCACUUAAAUGUUCUUUUGCAAAACCCACAGCUAUGUGAUGACAAUACAUGUAAAAAACAAGAGAAGUACAGAGUAGCAUUACACCCCAGUACGUUCAUUUCUUUAAGUGGACCGUAAAGAUAUAUUUUACACACAGGUAUCCAGUAUUCUUCCUGAAGCUAGGGUUGGACAAGGACAAUGUGUCUGCCUCUUCUCGGUGUAGAGAGACACUGACUAUGUGUAAUAUCAUUGUUUAAGAGUGCGUUGUACCAUCGCGGGACAAAUAGGCAUUCUAACUGCGACUUGGCAGAAGGAGCACAAUAAUCAAGCAAGUACUUCACAGCAUCAAGAGAGCAAUAAUCAGACACACUAAAAAGCAGUGGUGGCUUUCAAACGCAGUUUUGGCCCCUCCUGAAUUGCAUUGACCGCUCACAUGGAGGGUUGCCCUGAUGGCUGCAGGAAGGUACUGUGUUCUUAAAGCUGGCAUCUACUCACAAAUGAUUCAAUGUGUGAGACGUCCACAGAGCCGACACAGACAGGGGAUGGACCAAUACAGAGACAACCUCAAAAAAGAAGGGAACUGCAUGGUGUUGUCAGCUGAAAAUCAUCUAAGUCGAAGGUUUAGGAGUUUACGUGUGACUAAAGCGUCACAUGGUUGAUGCAGUGACAUUAACAGACUCUGUAAGUGACGUCCUGUUUUAAUUGUUUUAGUAUUUACAUGAUUUGUUAAUAUUUUUGCAGGUCUCUGAUGCUGAGGUAUGCGUGUUUCUUUCUGCGCCUCCACACUGCCACAAUCAAAUUGAACAUAUGAUCCUCAAACCCCAUUACCUUAAGGUUGUGAAUUCAUUUGUAUCACAAGUUUGAAUUCAUCCUUGAAUCUGCAAUAUCUACAUGCUGAGCUUUGUAGAACUCCUCAGUGGUUUGUGUUCAUAUAUUAGCAGUUAUAUAUAUUAGCCCCUUCUUUUUUGUAGCAUGUAUUAGACGUAAUGCAACACUACUAAAAAUUACAAAUGUGCCAUGUCAAACUCAACGUUAAAUAUAUAUCUCUUUGUCUCUCUAAAGUUAUGAAUAGAAAGCUGUUUUCAUGGUAAUGCCAUACUGGUUUUUAUUUGUCUGGUUGCUGUUAUAUUUGACUCUUUGUUGUCUUCUUUGGAAUGCAAGUAGUGUGCAUGCUUUAUUCCUUUUGUUGAUUAGGUUUUCAUUUGUCUUUCAAUUCCAAUUCUGGUGUUUUCAGUUUUAGCAUUAGCAUGACAGGUGACAGGUCCAGUAUGUACAGAUUUUAUUACCCUUAAAACUAUGAUAUCGCAUCCCAAUUCAUUGUAUUGGUUCAGAAAUAUGUCACUGUAGGAGGUACAAUCUAAAAUAUUUAGUUUUUAUGUUGACAAUAAGAUGCAUUGGAGAUAUGACUGCAGACUGUAGGCUGAGUAGUAUCACUCAGGAUCACUCAGCUUGUAUUUUCAUUUUCAUUUCAGUUUAAUCACUGUGAGACCAUGGCUACUACAAGAUGUAUAAAUGUUAUAUAGCUCUACAGGUCAGUCCAAGAACUCACACAUUUUAAUUUAUUUUCUUCUUAAGUCUUUAAAUCUCUUGUUUUCUCAACCUAUUUUUAUACAUAUAUCAAAUAUCAGAGCAGUACAGUUGUUUACUCUAUCUGUGCAUGUACUAUCUGAUGUGUUGUGUCAUCAGUAAAUGUUCUCAUUACCGUCCUGCAACGAUUCAUUGAAGUCCCAUAUUUCAGUCCCAUAUGCAUGAUUGCACUUCAUUUUUAUAAUAACGUAAAUGGUUUAAAAGUGAAUAGUUUUGGUUUGAUAAUGGAGAAGCCUGCAUCAGUGUUAUGAGUUCACAUUUUGGGAACAAAAAUGUGUGCAUGAUGCAGAGCUGAGUCAGUUCAGUUUCAGUUUGUUCAAGAUGGGCAUUUUCUUCACAAGAAGUGUGCCUCAAUCAUCAUUAUAAAUAUAAAUAAAAACAUAUUUCAUUAUUUUUGAGCAAUGGUACUGAACUCUUAAUCUGACAUGACAUCUUAGCAUGAACUUCAGUUUUUUCCUAUAUUUUAAAAAGGUUUCGAAAAAGAAAGAUAUCUUAACUAAACGCAAAGUGUGGAGCACCACCUCUUGGUUAACAUAACAUAACACGCAGUUCUUUAUAUUGUUGACGAUGUUAAUAUUUUUGUUUGUUUUUUUUGGCCAUCCACCUGUCUAAAACUUAUGUUAUCAACCUGUAAUUUCCAUAUUUAAAUGACUAGCAUAAAUAUAUAUAUAUAUAUAUAUUAUAUCAGAGAUGCCAAAUGCCAGUAUAUCCUAUGAAUAAGAUGUUUAGAGUUUGUAAGGGGUUUGAAAAAACAGUUCAAACUGAUUUCUAGUUUUUCGCUUAUUAUCCCCUCCCCCCAUCCCCAGGAGAGUUGACCUCUCUGUAUGUCUCUGUACAUUUCAACAGGCUAAGGUGCAGUUUGUUUUCAAAAGCAAAAUGUUGUUAUUUUUUGCCUAAUAACAGCUUUAGCAAUACAAUAAAACAUAUACAUUUUG